AAAUCUGGGGGAAUUAAUAAUCUUGAGCACGCACGCAGUAUGAGCUUGAGUAGUAGUUGUGAUUCCGAUAACCCGAUGUUGGUAUCAUCGGGGUUUGAAUUUGAAGGGUCCUUGUCCUUUAAAACCCCAAGGGGAGAGAUGGAAAAUGAGGCUGAAUCCCUAAUUAGCUCCAAUAAUAAUAUUCCCUCACCAUUAAUACCACCUCAUCAUCAUCAUCAUCAGCACCACGCCGCAGCAGUGAGGUUGCAGAAGGUGUACAAGAGCUUCAGGACCAGGAGGCAGCUGGCGGAUUGUGCUGUUCUUGCUGAGCAAAGAUGGUGGAAAGUAUUGGAUUUCGCGGAGCUAAAGAGGAGCUCUAUAUCUUUCUUCGAUGUUCAACAGCCAGAGACUGCUGUUUCCAGAUGGUCCAGAGCUAGAACCAAAGCUGCCAAGGUCGGGAAAGGCUUGUUUAAGGCUGAAAGGGCUCGGAAGCUUGCGUUGCAACAUUGGCUCGAGGCAAUUGAUCCCCGACAUCGCUACGGGCAUAACCUUCAAUUCUAUUACGUUAAAUGGCUUCAUUGUGACAGCACACAACCUUUCUUUUACUGGCUUGAUAUAGGAGAAGGAAAAGAAGUUAGCCUUGAGAGAUGCCCUAGAUCAAAACUUCAUCAACAAUGUAUCAAGUACCUUGGCCCUGCUGAAAGGUUGGGUUAUGAAGUGGUAAUCAGGGAGUGUAAGUUGGUCCACAAGGAAACUGGUCAACUCCUCGACACCACCGGAGGCCCAAAAGACGCCAAGUGGAUUUUCGUCCUCAGCACGUCCAAGACCUUGUACGUUGCCCAGAAGAACAAAGGCACAUUUCAGCACUCGAGUUUCCUAGCAGGUGGAGCCACGCUCUCUGCUGGAAGAUUGGUCGUCGAACAAGGCAUGCUCAAGGCUGUUUGGCCUCACAGUGGACAUUACCUUCCCACCGAGGAGAACUUUCAGGAGUUCAUAUCCUUCCUUGAAGACCACGGUGUCGAUCUCAUUGACGUUGAAAGAAGCCCAUCCGAGGAGGAAGAAGAGACGAGCACCAGCAAAGACGGCGACGACAUGAGAGACGAGGAAGAGAAAGUCAACCCAAAGCUAGCCCGCAACAGCCGCUGGAAGAUGAGCAAGCUAGCAAUACCAAAUCGGCCAAACCUGUAUGACGUCAUCAACCACAACGCAGAUAAUUCCCAAGUAGAAGAAGUAGAAGAAGGUUACGAGACGGCAGAGGAUUCGUUGCUGAGGGAGGAAGAUUUCAUAUUCCCGAAAAUAACCUCGCUGGACGAAGAGGAGGCGCCGGAGCAAUUGGAGGCGGUCCCGAAAGAGAAGAUCAUGGUGAGGAUAAAUUCGCACAAGGGGUUGGCAUCGUACCAAUUGGCGAACCAGCUGUCGUGUAAAUGGACCACCGGUGUGGGCCCAAGAAUCGGGUGCAUGAGAGAUUACCCGCCGCAGAUCCAGUUUAGGGUUUUGGAGCACAUGGCUUCCCUGUCGCCCACCACGGGGAGGAGGAGGAGGAGGACGAGGGGUGGUGGUUACCCGCUCAGGCCGUUGUCGCGGCCUGGAGUGCAGACGCCAACGCCAGCGUCGUCGUCGUCGUCGUCGCACGUGCCGACGCUGCAUCGGAGGGCAGAGACGUCAGUGUUGGAAACUUCGACGGGAGCAAUGGAAGAUGCAUUGCCGGCGGUACCAUCUUCUGAAUCAAGAGAAGGAGGCCAAGGAGAAACUGCCCAAGUAGAAGAUGACGAUAGGGAUUGA